UCUCCAGGUGGUGGGCGUGGAGGUCGCGGCGGCGGACGGAGUGAGUUCGCAGGUCGGAGCGCGGCAGCACGUCGAAGGCGUCCAGCAUCGACCUGAGAGACGCCGCUGAGGGGAAAGAGAAAUACACUGACUGAGCGGCAGCAGAGGCGCGAGACGCCGUCAGUCCACCGGAAGAGAAAGAAGAAGAAGAAGCAGCAGCAGAACCCAAACACACCCUCCACGUGAUCGAGAUGGACGAAGAACACACGGCCGGCUACAAGGAGCCCUGCGCUGUGUGCUCCGCGGUGGAUUGGGGCAUUUCGGACGAAGGUCGUUUCUACUGCAGAUCCUGUCACAAUGUCAUCGAGAGAACCAAAGAGGUGGUGGACCCCACCUUCAAUCCCGGCACCAACCGGGUCACCACCAUCGGCAGAGGACCCAGAACCAAGACGCUGGAGCGCGGGCGGCGGUGGGCGCUCUGUGAGGGCUUCCAGUUCAUCUUGAGGAACCAGGCCGACGCCCUCAUCCGCCUGGGGGUCGGCCCCCGCUUCAAGGACGAGGUUCUGUGUGAGCUGUGGAGAAUCUUCCUGCAGAAGAGCGGCCAGGCGUACGCCAGCCCCCUCAUGAGGCCGAGCAGGAGGGGGGGGCGGGGGCCGGACACCGACUCGGACAGCGCCGCCGAGUCCACCGCCAACGCCAGCGAGACGGACAGAGACAGCUGCAACGCAGGGAGCACCAGUGAUUGGUCGACAUUUUCGGGCUCUUUGGAUGCUGUCAGCUACCUGUCAGCUGACAUGAGGACGACCCAACACAGUCUGCUGAGCAUGAAGAGGACUCUGGCGCUGAUCCACAUGGCGCUGGUGUGGAGCAGAGAGCCGCUGACCCUCAGCGACCUGCUCAGGCUGGUGAACGAAGGUCACGUCCCGUACGUCAACGCCUACCAGGAACUUCCUGAUGAGAUGAAGCUGGAAGGCAAAGACGCUCUUCUGUUCAGAGUGCAGAGCAUCCCUUCCCACCGGGUGGUGCACAGCGAUGCUCAGGAGCUCGUCCUGUUCUUGCAGCUUCCUGCUUUUCCUCCAAUCAGCCGGCAGAGUCUGCUGCACCCGGCUCUGCUCAGCCUGCGCUACCUGAUGGACGCCAACUUGCCCGACGAGCUCCACCCGUGGGUCUGCCGGCUUAUGGAGCGCGCUGGUAUGGCGGAUCAAACGCUCCACACCGUCCACCUGAAGAGUUGCCCCUCCCUGCCGCGGUACGACGUGCAGACCGCCGCCCUCAUCAUCGUCACCAUGAAGCUGCUCUUCGGCCUGGACGACCACACUGAGUGGGAUUUAUCCCAUGAGGCAUGUGACCAGGACGACACAGCAACCAUGUUCAGCCUGAGGAGGUGGUUCAGGGUGGUGCAGGCCGCUCUGACCCGAGCUCAGCACCGGAGGAAGCACCAGGUCGCCAGGAAGCAGUGGGCGCCUCAGAAGCUUCUUCACCCCGCCAGCCAGAAGAAAAGUGUUGUGCUGAAGACUAAAAGGGUAGCAGAGCAGGUGCAGGUCUGCUUUGAGAAGCUGUCGGGUCGUCCGGUCUCGGUCCAGCCGGGCGACCCGUCCAGCUUCAGGUUCUUCUGGGGUGUCGAGGACUCUGCAGACGGACCCAGUCUGCACCACAAGAAGCUGGACGGAGUCUUGACCCUGAAGGACGGCGUCCUGACUCCGUCCAACUCCACCUACUGGCAUCCAGCUCUCCGCUCCUCGCGGAGGUGCUCCAGGCUCUACUCCGACGUGGAGGCCACGCUGCCCCGGACCUUCGUGUGGCUGCUGCAGCUCUUCUGCUUCCUGCUGGAGGUGAAGCCGGCGGACCUGUUCCAGGAGGUGCUGAGGGUGGAGGCCAGGGUCGUCAACGGCAACAGCAGGAAGAGGAGCAGGAAGGCCAGGUCCAGGUCCAGAAGCAAGAUCAAGACCUGAGAUGAGACUCCACAAAGGACACAGCCGCUCUGAUGUUUGUGGGUUCUGGACAUUUCUGAAUAUUUUAGAUUUUUUAAGCCCAUGAGACGUCAUGUGCUCGUUUAAAUGUUUUCUCCAAUAAAACGUGACGCCUUGAACUCGUAAUCCUGAUAAUCUGAUGAGGAUAUUUGAACGCACAGUAACAUCUCAUCACUUUUUCUGAUGACCAGCUGCUGCCUUUUUCUUUGUUCUAAUGAUGCAACCUUGCUGAACCUGAAAAGGGAAAUUAACUGGUGUCACCUCCUCAUCUCCUUUCCUCUCCUCGCUUCUUCUCUUUUCCUUUCCUUCCACCUUCCUCCUCCUCCAUCCCUGGGUUCCCCCCUGCAGUCUAAAGGUUUGAGAUGCAGCCACAACAAAGGCGGCGUGAGCAGUGUGUGGGCCCAGAGGAGGAGGGGGGGCCGUUAGAGUCUGAUCCAACUUUGUGGAGUCUCAUCUGUAAAUAAAGGACACAAAGAGCUGAUGGCUCCUCUCCAUCCUCAUCUUCCUCCUUUUGCUCCUCAUCCUCCAUUAGUCCAUUUCAUUUAAUGAUCAAUAGGUAAAACACGUCCUUCAAGUCGUGGCACAAACUAAAGACAGUUCCUUUUAGAACAUAUUUAGUAUUACUUUAACCAUGUUAAGAAAAAACAACAAUAUAACUGACACAUUUUUAGAUUAGAGAUUUGGUUAAAUAUAUUAUUUAUUAAAUGAUAGGUGUGUUUUAAUAUCCUAGUGAAAAGGACAGUUAACCCAGUAAGUGAUUUCUAUACAACAAGCUUGUUGAUGCAUCCAUGUGACCUGAUAACAAUAGAACUCUCUGUACAUUUAUUGUGGAUCCGCAGUUGCUUCUCGCGUGCGCGUCCGCGCGGCGCGCCUCGCGAGCCCAACCUUUCCUCCAGUCGGCGCGCUCCCGGGUUCACCGGGUUUACUUUGACACCGCUGACUCUGUGGCCACGCCCCCCGACAGCCGCGCACCCUGCGUCG